AUGGGCAGUGGACACUAUUUCUGGGCGAUUUUCUACUUUGCCAGCCUCUGCAGUGCUUCACUAGCAAAUAAUGCCAAAAUAAAUUUCCGAGAAAAGGAGAAAAAAGUCUUAGAUCAAAUUUUAGGUGCAGGCAAAUACGACGCCCGUAUACGACCAUCCGGAAUCAAUGGCACAGAUGGUCCCGCCAUAGUCAGAAUCAAUCUAUUCGUUCGAAGUAUUAUGACGAUUAGUGAUAUCAAAAUGGAGUACAGUGUGCAGUUAACAUUCCGAGAGCAAUGGACGGAUGAGCGUCUGAAGUUCGACGAUAUUCAGGGUCGGCUCAAAUACCUCACACUGACGGAGGCGAACCGAGUCUGGAUGCCGGAUCUUUUCUUCUCAAACGAGAAGGAGGGACAUUUUCACAACAUAAUCAUGCCCAAUGUGUAUAUACGCAUUUUUCCCAACGGUUCAGUUCUGUACAGUAUACGUAUCUCGCUGACAUUGGCUUGUCCAAUGAAUCUCAAACUAUAUCCAUUGGAUAGACAAAUAUGUUCAUUGAGAAUGGCCAGUUAUGGCUGGACCACAAAUGAUUUGGUGUUCCUUUGGAAGGAGGGUGAUCCUGUGCAGGUCGUUAAGAAUUUACACCUACCUCGCUUCACUUUGGAGAAGUUUUUGACUGAUUACUGUAACAGUAAAACCAACACGGGUGAAUACAGUUGCCUCAAAGUCGAUCUACUAUUCAAGCGAGAAUUCUCAUAUUACUUAAUACAAAUUUAUAUACCAUGCUGUAUGUUGGUCAUUGUAUCAUGGGUAUCAUUUUGGCUGGAUCAAGGCGCAGUGCCAGCGCGUGUGUCAUUGGGUGUCACCACUCUAUUGACCAUGGCAACACAAACAUCGGGCAUAAAUGCAUCACUGCCACCAGUAUCCUAUACGAAGGCGAUUGAUGUGUGGACCGGCGUCUGUUUGACCUUCGUGUUCGGGGCAUUGCUUGAGUUUGCCUUAGUGAACUAUGCAUCCCGUUCAGGUUCGAAUAAAUCUAACAUGCAUAAGGAGAAUAUGAAAAAGAAGCGCCGAGAUCUGGAGCAGGCCUCUCUGGACGCCGCUUCAGAUCUGCUCGAUACAGAUAGCAAUGCAACGUUCGCAAUGAAACCGCUAGUGCGCCAUCCCGGCGAUCCGCUGGCCCUCGAGAAGCGUCUCCAGUGCGAGGUGCAUAUGCAGGCACCCAAGCGACCCAAUUGCUGCAAGACCUGGCUAUCGAAAUUCCCCACAAGACAAUGUUCUAGAUCGAAGAGAAUCGAUGUUAUAUCCCGGAUCACCUUCCCGCUGGUCUUUGCCCUCUUCAACCUGGUCUACUGGAGCACCUAUCUCUUCAGGGAGGAGGAGGAUGAGUAAAUGCCGUUGCCAAUACUUAAAUUUAAAUUUAAUUACUUGAUACGAUUACAAAAAAAACUUACCAAAAACGAAACAGCAAAAAAAAAAAUACCAAACAGCAAAAUGUAACCGAAAAACACAUGAAAAAUGUGAUGUACUAACCUAUUCUUUCAAUUCUUUUUCCAUUCUUUCCACAAACUAACUUUUGGUUCCCAUUUGGAUUCAUUUGUCAUGCUCUUUUUGUGUUGCGUUUUGUGUUUUCCAAACUGAUUUGUUGUGAACAAACUUCAAAUGAAAAAGGACCUUCUAAGGACCGCCCACGGCUAUGUAGAAUCCAAACGUGAGACAGAGAGAGAGAACGAGGGGCAUGCCCCCGCAAAGAACAGAGACAGAAUCAGAGUUAUAGGCAAGGCUUCGAGGCACUUCCAUUAAAGAUUUAAAUGAUAAUUCGAUUGAGGAUGAUGGAAAAAAUUAUAAAGUUAAUUCUUAAGCUCAAUUGAUGAUCCAAAAGUGUGACUGCAUAGUAGUUAAUGUUAUUAAUAAUUAUAUAAAACAAAAACCAAAAAAACACAAACACAACACGACACACACACCCUGAAACAACAAUUGUUUUGAGUUAGACUAGUUGAAAAUCAAUUAAAAAAAAAAUUAAAAUUAAAUUUAAAUUUAACAAAAAAAACAAAAAAAUUACACACAAUUGAUUUGUACUUAAAACGAAAUUUCUUAAGUUUAGCCCUAAAUCCGUUAAUCCAAGGAUCCUGAGGUCGUACACCAACGACCAUCUUUUGUACAUACGAAUGAAUAUGAAUAUGAAUACGAAUAAGUUUUAAGCGAAAAAAAACAACCAAAAAUCUCUAGUUUAAAAACAAAAUUCGAAUUGUAUAAAGAGCAUUGUGUAGAUAUUUACUAAGUUUAGUCGAUAAACCCGAAACGGCGGAAGCCAAGCGAACAAAAACUCUAGGUAAAAAAAUUCCAAUCAAUUAUAUGUUCAUUCAUCGAAAAGAAGCUAUCGAAUAAAACAAUCGUAGGAAGAAA